GUUCACCUGUCCUGCAUGCAGUCCCGAAAUGCUUGCAGUGUGUGUGGACGGCAAUCGCAAACACUACCGAUUCAGGACUGCAGCACGAUCUGAAGAACAGCCGGUGUUUGACGACAUCUUCAUUGCAAAGGAUGACGAUGUCGCAAACUUCGUCCACGACAUCCAAAGCAAAACAAAACAUGCUUCAGGUAGGGGUAUUUGUGGAGGAGAGUGGUCGGCUGCCAGAGAGACCUCCCAAAGAUCUGCCAGCAAGCUGGAUGAGGAGGGACUGGAAAUAGCUGUCUGUCGACAUGGCGUGCUGCUUUCUGCCCUCAACAUGUACAGGGGAGAAAUAUUUGCAUACCCGCUGUUUUUGCAAAAUAAGCUGGCUGUUAAAAGUGCCAGAGCUACAGCCCCUCCUCAGCAUGAAACCCUUUCUUUCCGUGCUUCAUGCCAAAGCUCAUGACUUGAAAUGUGAAGUGAAAUGGAGUGGAGCUUAUCAGGAGGGGGCUGGAUUAACUCUGGGAGAAGAGGUGGAGCAAGUGAAUGCCUUCCUGUCUCGUAUAGCUGUGACGACAAAACACAUGUCGAAAGCGGGACGCAGAGACAUGCUGACAUUAUUAUCUAUGCGCUGGAAUCAGCAGAAGAAGAAGAACCUGGCCUCUUCUCUGUCCCACAGAUAUCUGAAAGCCACAAAAGUUCUGGAGGAAAAGUUGCAGAAACUGGAGUCUGUGAAGGCAGAGUUGUCAGUGACUGACAGCCAGUUGGAGGACUGGGUCAGUGAUGUAAGGGAGUGGGCAGAAGCAACAUCUACCAACACAAAUGAGGCUUCUGCCUUGGCCAACAAUAUUGAGGUGCUGGUGGCUGGCAUCAAGAGACGCUCGCAUCGUCUUUAUAUGGACACAGACAGCAACAAAGGGCGAGCCAAAAUCCGCAGCAAGAUCAGGAAGGAGAAAGGGAUCCUGACCUCCUUGAUUGACAGGUACAACGAAAUGGUUCCAAGCACAGAAAGUCUCUGUCUGGAAACCAUCCUGUCUGAAGAUGCAGCAUGGCCAUGGCAGCUGCCACAUAGUGACUCUGUCGACUUCAGGAAAAAAAGAGCGGUGUUUGACCUCGUACAGUCAAUAAGGAGACUGCAGGAGGAGACCAAGGUACUGACCACAGAGAUGAAUCGGCACUGGAAGUCACUUUCAUCGCAGGGGAAUUCCCUGAAAGAAGUGUCCAGUGCAACAAUGCAAGAUUCACCAUGGAACCUCAGUGCAGAUGGGCAGAAAGGUCUGCAAAGCAUUCUGAAACGAAAGCAGCAAGACACUACAGAAAUGAUGGCUGGUGUGAAGACGAAAUAUUUUCAUACAUUGACAGGAGGAGAGGUCAAUUUUCUGGACAGUCUAUCUGACUUUUCUGACAGUGACUCUGAAUUCUCUGACAGUUAGCCAGGAUACAUUUUGUGGUGUAGUUGAUAGGGAUGUACCGAUCCAUUCCACCC